GAUAUUUUCUUUUUUUGUAAGUGAUUGUUCUUGAGUCAUUCUCUUGAAAGGGGUUUUGACUUUUGACCGCUUUGGUGGGAAAAUCACAAGGUCAAACAAUAAUCAAAUCGUUUGUAGAUUCAAAUUCCUUCGUAUAUUAACUGGUAGUUUGACCGAUUACCUCACCAGCUCUACCACAACCAGAACGACUUUUGACUUUUAGCCUUCAAUACCUAGAGAGUUACCAUUGAACUCAUGGAAUGCAAUAAAGAUGAGGCGAUUAGGGCAAAAACAAUCGCCGAGAAGAAAUUAUCUAAUAAAGAUUAUGCGGGUUCGAAGAAAUUUGUCUUGAAGGCCCAGACCCUAUAUCCCGGGCUCGAUGGUAUCUCUCAAAUGCUAACUACUCUUGACGUGUAUAUCGCGUCAGAGAGUAAAGUAGGUGGAGAAAUCGAUUGGUACGGGGUUCUCGGUGCAAAACCUAACGAUGACGAUGAAACGAUUAAGAAACAUUACAGAAAGUUGGCUCUUAUGUUACACCCUGAUAAAAACAAAUCGAUAGGCGCAGAUGGUGCGUUUAAACUUCUUUCGGAAGCAUGGGGUUUGUUGUCUGAUAAAUCUAAAAGAUUAGCUUAUAACCAAAAGAGGAAUAUGACUACGAGAGGGUUUAAUGUAAAAGUUCCGACUCAAAGUGGCGGCCCGCCACCAGCCGCUAACGGAGUCCACAAUUUUGCAAAACAAGCCCCUACAAAGCCAGUUGUCCGCCCGCCGCCGCCACCUCCGCCAGCUGUUUCUCGUCGUAAUGAUACGUUUUGGACCAUAUGUCAUGCAUGCAAGAUGCAUUACGAGUAUCUUAAUUUAUAUCUCAAUCAUACCCUUCUUUGUCCCAAUUGUCACCAGCCGUUUUUAGCGAAAGAAAUGCCGCCACCUUCCAACUAUAAGUCAACUGCUCCUAAAACCACUGCUGCAGCUCAAAACACUGGACCGUCGCUCGUGAGAGUUAAUACAGACCCGUCUACUGUGUCAAAAGCUGCAAGUGUGAUUCAGAAAGUUAACGACAGAUUAAAAAGAGAACGUGAAGAAUUCUAUUCCGGGUGGCCGUCGAAAAAGAGAAAGUCAGAUGACGAAAGUCAACCUUCUGGUGUUAGGAUUCCGUAUCAGAUGUCAACGGGAAACGGUGUGCCAGCUGGCACAGGAAGUCUAUACGGGGCUUCUAUAAAGAAUUCGGUAAAUAGAACUAGAGAGUUGAAUUAUUUUGAACUUCGAAACAUGUUGACGAAGAAGGCUAGAACUGAGAUUUGUAGAAAACUAAAAGAAUGGGAGUCUGAGGAAAAGAUGAAAGAAAACAACGUAAGUCAAAAUAGUCAAACGGAAGACGAGCAGGAUGGUGAACAAUCAGCGAUGAACGUUCCUGAUCCCGAUUUUCAUGAGUUUGAUCUCGAUCGAACUGAAGAUUCGUUUGAAGACAAUCAAGUGUGGGCUGCUUAUGACGAUGAUGAUGGAAUGCCGCGUUUCUACGCGUUAAUCCAUAAAGUUAUUUCGAGAAAACCGUUUAAGGUGAAACUUAGUUGGCUAAACUCCAAAACCACCGCUGAAUUUGGGUCAUUAAGCUGGUUAGAUUGCGGUUUCCGCAAGAGUUUAGGGGAGUUUAGAAUCGGGAGGCAUGAAGUCAACAAGUCUCUAAAUUCAUUUUCUCAAAAAGUCGAGUGGAAAAAAUCGCCACGCGGGAGCGUAUUAAUUUUACCAAGAAAAGGGCAGGUGUGGGCCCUUUACAGAAACUGGUCCCGUGAUUGGAACGAGAAUACUCCAGAUGAUGUGAUUCACAAAUACGACAUGGUACAAGUUCUUGAAGACUACAACGAAGAACAAGGAGUGCCCGUUAGCCCGCUUAUCAAGUAUGUGGGAUUUCGGACUGUUUUUCAUGCGCAUACAUACGAAACUGAAGUGAAAGUGAUCACAAAAGAAGAAAUGUUUCGAUUCUCACAUCAAGUCCCCAAGUACGUUCUGACGGGCUCAGAGGCCCAUAAUUCUCCAAAAGGUUGUCUUGAGCUUGAUCCAGCAGCCACUCCAAUGGAUCUUAUUCUCGAAUCAACAGGAAAAACUAACGAGAGUUCACAGCAGAGAUGAUGAUGAUGAUAUGAACAUUGAUGGUAAGUUUUAGUUAAUCUUUUUUUUGGGGUCAGAGUAGUUUAUUUAUUAUGUAUGGAGGACUAUUUGUGCAAAUGUUGGAAUGGAGGUUGGGAAUUUUUACAGUCUGUGGUAUAGAAACAGAUUAUUAGAAGAAACCCUGUUAAAAUGUUUUUAUAUUGAAUCUAAACUAAUGAAUAUUUUUAAUAUCAUUUGCAUUUA